GAAAGAGGUCUAUUUUGCCCGAAACCUAAAACACGCCUCCACCUUUCUCUUUCAACAUCCACGCCCCACAACGUCUUCCUCCACCAUUCGCCGGCCAUCAGACAUACCAUCGCCGGCCUCCGUCGACCAAGCAGCGCCGUCGACCCCUGCAGUGCGUCUCCGCCGAAUUCUUCCCCUCGUCCCCGACGAAUCGCAUAAACACAAACAAAAUGGCAUUCAUUCUUGAACUCCCCAUGAAUCUACUUGGAAGACAACAACAACAACAUUUCACAUCAUUCACAAGGAGUAGAACACCAUCAAAAUUCCCUAAUUUUACCAGAAAACAAAGGUGUUCACUCUCAAUAUCAGCUACACUAAACACACAAAUCCAAAGCCUCGAUGACAAACAUUUAGCUCAAUCAAAACCUCUUGCUCUCCCAAUUAUGGUCAAUAGUUGUAUGGGGAAGAUGGGUCAAGCAGUAAUUGAAGCAGGAAUAUCUGCAGGGCUUCAUAUAGUUCCAGCAUCAUUUGGAAUCGAACAAGAUGCUGGUAAAACAAUUCAAGUUGGAGGGAAAGAUAUUCAAGUUCAUGGUCCUUCUGAAAGAGAAACUACUUUAGCAUCUUUACUCAAACAACACCCUGAUCUCAUCAUUGUAGACUUCACUGUACCUAAUGCUGUAAAUGAUAAUGCUGAGUUGUAUUGCAAAACUGGAGUGCCUUUUGUGAUGGGAACUACUGGUGGAGAUAGAGAUCUUUUGUAUAAAACUGUGGAGGAAGCAAAGCUUUAUGCAGUCAUAUCUCCUCAAAUGGGAAAACAGGUUGUCGCAUUUCUUGCAGCUAUGGACAUAAUGUCUAAGCAAUUUCCUGGAGCAUUCUCUGGAUAUACACUAGAGGUGUUGGAGUCUCAUCAAUCGACAAAGUUGGACACAUCUGGAACAGCAAAAGCCGUCAUUUCAUGUUUCCAGAAACUUGGGGUUUCCUUUGACUUGGAUGAGGUACAAUUGAUACGAGAUCCAAAACAACAGAUUGAAUUGGUUGGUGUUCCAGAGGAGCAUCUUAAUGGACAUGCAUUCCAUAUGUAUCAUCUCACAUCUCCUGAUGGAACAGUUUCAUUCGAGUUUCAGCACAAUGUUUGUGGGAGAUCAAUUUACGCAGAGGGUGCUAUUGAUGCUGCACUUUUUCUCGCUAAGAAGAUACAAGGAAAAGCAGAUAAGAAGAUAUAUGACAUGAUUGAUGUGUUGCGUGAGGGCAACAUGCGUUGAGGGAUGAUAAUAAAAUUAUGAGUUUUUGUUAGAUAAGGAUUUAGUUAUAGUUAUAAUGUUGAAAUGUUCAAUCACCCUGUUUGUUUUUGUUUUAAGAGUUUAAGGCUAUGAUUAGGUUGUUUUUUGUAAGUCAUAAUAAUGAGCAUGUGAUUGAUGUAAGAUAUUCUGGUAAUUAAUUUUGGAACUUAUGUAA